AGUGAUUGUAGGGCGCUCGCCGUUAGCGCUUAGAACUCGACUCAAACGGAUCGCGUGUUUCCUCCCGGCCGGACGCGAAUCACUCUCGACUUGGAGCUCGUUCCGCCAAACCCGCCACUAGUGACGAAAUGAGGACUGUUCAGUGGGUGAAGGUAGUGCUCUGCCUGGUCCUCGCGGCCCUGAAUGUCUACCUGUUCGCGGUGUCCUGCUCCGUGCACUACCCCACUCUCGUGGCCAGGGAGCACGUGCGCUUCCGUCAGGAGAUGCCCACCAUGGACAGCUGGAUAAACUCGCCGUUCGGCAAGCUGAAGAACUACGUCUUCAACGUGACCAACGCCGAGGAGUUCUGGAGUGGCCGCGACUCGCGGCUCAAGGUGCAGGAGAUCGGACCCAUCGUGUACCGGAUCGUCGGCUACAACGACAUUCUGGAGCGGAACGAGAGCUUCGUGAAGUACCGCAAGCACCGCUACCGCGUGGUGGAGUUCCUGCCGGAGGAGAGCGUGGCCCCCGACGUCCUCAACUGGACCAUCACCUCCACCAACAACGUGUUGCUGGGCGCGGCCGCGAAGCUCAGCCACGACAGCUUCCUUGCGCUCUUUGGCUUCGACGCCAUCGCUAGGCUCGAUGACAUUUUCAUCACCGACAGCGUGUACUACUUCCUGUGGGAGUUCACUCGUCCGCUGCUGCAGGCGAUCUCCAAGGUGUCCUUCCUGCGGUCCAACGUCGCCGUGCUCCACAACGCUCUCCAGGAGAAGGAGGAGGUCUACACGGUGAACAUCGGCCCGAAGCGCGGGCUCGACAACUUCUUCCGCAUCGAGACGCUCAACGACGAGGUCAUCAUCCGGGAGCAGCUGCCCUACACGUACCGCUACGACUCCGAGUCGUGUCCGUUCAACGUGACCGGCGCCCUGGACAACUCCCUGUUCCCGCCCUUCGUGCAGCCGGAGACGCCGCUGGACAUCGUGGCCAUCGAGUCCUGCCGCGUCCUCCCGCUCACCUACCAGCGCCAGCAGCGAUUCAACGGCCUGGACACCUUCCGCUACACCCUGCUCCCGGCCCACCAGAAGCCCCCCGCCUGCCUGGGCGCCAGCUACGGCGUCAAGCUGCCCGACGGGAUGUUCGACGUGUCCAAGUGUGUGAUAAACGGCGCCCCAUCCGCCUUCUCGAUGCCGCACUUCUACGGGAGCGGCUACAACUGGAGCGAGCACUACGAGGGGUACACGCCCAACGCCGAUGACCACGAGCCCUACAUCCUGCUGGAGCCCGUCACGGGCAUCCCGGUGUCGGAGAAGUACCGCUUCCAGUCGAACAUCCCCAUCCCGAACCUGAGCAGGUUCAGCCCCUACCUGAAGAGGUUCAGCCACAUGAUGAUCCCCAGCUUCUGGUACGAGUUCGAAAUGGGCGAGCUGCCCGGCUUCGUGACCGCCCUGAUGUGGAUCAACGUGAACGUGGUGCCCCGCGCGCAGCCCUUCUGCAUGUGCCUGUUCCUGGUCGUGGCCCUGUGGAGCCUCCUGAAGGCGGCCCGGGUGGCCGGCGGCGACCUCGGCUACGGGGCUCUCUUCCGGAAGCUCUGCCCUGGCGAGAUGGGCACGGUCACCGCGCUGGAGACCAAGUUCCCGGCGACCGCGCCCGCCCUGGAUGUGGCUGUCAAGUAAAGUCUGGCGACGUGAUUGAUGCCCAGACUGGACCCGUGUAUAUAUGUAUGCAAGACUUAGGUUAAGGCUGGCGGUGCUGCUGGUGGUGCACUAUCAGCAGCUCGUCUUGCGCAAUAUACGAUUAAGAGGAAAA